CAAAUAUGGAUUAUGAUGAUGAUUUCUUCUUUGAAGAGGAUAAGAUGUUGGUUUCAUAAACCUGUUUAUUGCAUUCUUGAUAUGUGUUAUAUUUCAGUUUAAAUGUGCUUGUUUUUUUCUUAUAACAUGCAUGUUUGUAUGCCACGGUGUGAUGGAAUAGUUUAAAGGAUCAAAUGGUAAUAUCUAUAAGUAACAUUAAUAAGUUAAAUAAGUUUCAUGAAGACUUCAAAGAAAAUUGUUUUGUUCCAUUAACCACCGUGUCAUUGGCUAAUGUGCAGAUGCAUCAAUUUACCAUGAUGGAAGAUCGCAUACCUGAUGUAGAACUGGUCAAUCAAGAUCAGUCUCUUCAUCAACCACUCAACAGCACAAUGGCGAUAGAUGGUACACUGCAAUCAGGAGAUGAACUUGUAGCAGUGAAUGGAACAUCAGUGAGAGGAAAGACAAAAGUUGAAGUUGCUAAGAUGAUACAGUCAUGUGAUUCUCAAGUCAGUAUUAAUUACAAUAAAUUACAUGCUGAUCCUAGACAAGGUCGUACACUUGACAUAGCUUUAAAAAAGGUGAAACAUAGAUUAGUCGAAGGAAUGGGAAGUGCGACGGCAGAUGCGUUAGGACUAUCGCGUGCAAUUCUUUGUAAUGAUGCGCUUGUGCAGCGAUUAAUUGCAUUACAGCGUACAGAAAAUUUGUACAGAGGUCUGGUUUCUCAUGCUAAAUAUACUUUACAUGCUUUUUUUGACCUAAUACAAGUAUAUAAAGUAUUUGGUGAUGCUUUUGCUGCAAUAGGAGUGAGAGAACCCCAACCAAGAGCUAGUGAAGCUUUUAGGCAAUUUGGGGAACAACAUAGACAAAUGGAAAAGUUCGGAGUAACAAUGUUAAAAGCUUUGAAACCCAUAUUGAACGAUUUGGGCACAUAUCUUCAUAAAGCUAUUCCAGAUACUCGAUUAACUAUUAGUAAAUAUGCUGAUGCGAAAUUUGAAUAUCUUUCUUAUUGCUUGAAAGUAAAAGAAUUGGACGAUGAGGAACAAAGUUAUGCAGCAUUACAGGAGCCUCUUUAUCGAGUAGAAACAGGCAAUUAUGAAUAUCGAUUGGUGUUAAGGUGUCGACAAGAGGCACGUGCAAAAUUUGCUAAACUUAGGUCAGAUGUUCUUGUGAAACUUGAAUUAUUAGACAAUAAACAUGUUCAAGAUGUUGUAUGGCAAUUGCAAAAGUUUGCGGCUGGUUUAGCAAAAUAUUAUUCUAAUACAAGAGAUUUAUUAUCUGCUGUAACAUUAUUCCCUGUUGAAGUUGAUUUAUCACAUUCUGCAUUUCAAUAUAAAUCUACUGGACCUCAAAUGAUAACUGAUGGAGAAGAUGUAGAUGAGUUUGAGCCAGAAGAAAAGUCGAAUACAACCGAAGAUUUACUUAUAGAUACGCAAAAUAUUUCAGUUGCAUCAGAAUCUGAUAACAUAUAGCAAUGUGUUUUUAAUUUACAAAGAAUUCUGGGAACUGUUACGCUCUUCUAAUUAAACGUUUUAGAAGAUAAUUAACGUAAUAAUGUUUCCCUCGUAUUUUACACUUUACUUCCACUAGUUUUUAUAAAGUAAUACCAAA